AAACGCAGCACUAAAUUUGUUAUGCUAUCCCACAAUGCCUCGCGGCAUCGUAGACGUUUCCAUAGAGACGCGAAUGGCAGCCGACUAAUAAUAUCAGCAGUUUGAAGAGAAGGCGUUAAAUGGACGCUAGGGAUGUCUGACGAGGAUGAGGAGCAGCUGGCGGCUCUGCUCAAGCACUUCCUGAGGAGCGUCGGCGAGCGAAUCUGUGGCGCUCCUUCGCCUCAAAGCGCCCAGGAGAUCCUUCUUCAUUUGGAGGAGACCGACAACAACUUCCACAAUUAUGAGUUUGUCAAGUACCUGCGCCGGCGCUUGGAGACCUCCCUGGGUGGCGUGGUGGACGAGGAGAUCAGGAAGUUGUCGCGAGAAGACGGCCAACACGCCGUCGGCUCGGGUCACGACGCCAUCGUCCACGCGGCGACCGGCCGGAGCCGAGCGUCGACACAGUACCAAGACGCGACGCAGACUUUGAGAACCACUGUGACCGCGGCGGUGGAGUGUUUAGUCAGCAGAUUUGACGAGGACCACUCAAGGAAGGAGGAGGAGAUGCAGCACGGCCGCUACGCCGACGACUGCUCCGACAGCGACUCCUCUUUCAAUCAGAGUUACGGCUUCAUUCGACAGGAGCAGCUGCAGACUUUGGCUGAGAAACUGGACUCAAGUCACCCCAAAGAGGUGCGCAGGGAAGCCGUGGAGGUGCUCCGUCGCGCGCCGCCGUCUGACGUGCUGAGCUGCGAGGGCUGGCCCCGCCUACGCCACAAUUUGUGCGUCGCUCUGACCGAGCCCGACCCCGAGCUGAGUGACCACGUUCUUCAGUUCUUCGCUAAGAGCUUCUCCUCGUCGCCAAUGAGCGUCACCCAGGAGAUCUACACCAGCCUCGCUAAAAGUGUGGAGUCCAGUUUUCUGUCCCUCAAGUUGAGCUUUCCCAGCGGUGCCGCUGGCUUCGACAUCAACAGGCCCGAGAUCAGUUCUCUCCUCAAACGGAUGCGUCUGAUGAACGACUUUCAAAAAGAGGCGACCGCCUUCUGGAUCCGCCACCCAGAGAAGUACAUGGAAGAAAUCAUCGAGAGCACCUUCUCCCUCCUUUCUCUCCAUCGCGACUCACCGGAGAAAUUCUUGGAGCCCACUCACCUGCUGGCCCUGUUGGAUGUUCAAGCCACGUGGUUCACGAAAUGGAUGCACGGCUCGUACAGCAGGACGGUGGUUCUCAGGCUCCUCGAGAGCAAAUACAAGAGUCUGAUGGAGGCCGCUCUGCAGCAGUGCGUCCUUUACCAGGAACGCUGCCAGCGUUGCGCUCGUCUCCGCUCGGAGGAGCAGCACAACUCAGGGUCGGACGCGAGCAGCGUCUAUAGCGGUAAGGAGCUGCAGUACGCACUGGUCGUCCAUUCGCUGUGCGUCUUGGGCAAAGUCGUCCUCUACGCCAACGGCAGGAAGCUCUUUCCCAUCCAAGUGGCUGCACGCAAAGAUCCAGUCAGUUUGACGGACCUUGUCGUGAUUCUCACAAACAUCAUGUGCCAACACCCGCAGCCUUUUUGCCAUGAUAGCCCACACACAGACACGCUGUGCCCCAGCGGCCUGGUGAUGGCGACGCUGCGCGCCAUGUGUGAGAGGACCGAGUGCGCCGACCAGUGUCUCCGCCAGACGCCCGUCAUCCAGACUCUGAUGGCGCCCGUCGUCCAGGCGCUCGGUGGAGGCCAGAGCAAAUUAAAGUGUCCUGCAGCCACACUGCCUCUGGUCGCGGACGUCCUGGCUCGAAUUGUCAACACACACGGAGGCUUAGCUCUCUUUCUGUAUGAGAAGAACCUGCUCGUAGGCCACGGCGAGAGGAGCACGGCCGCUCACGUGCUGCUCCGCUACACGCUGAAGCUGUUGGAUCGGGAGCUCUCGGCGCCGGGCGAAGGCGAAGGGGACUCGUCUCGUGCUCUGUGCGGGGCCUUCAUCUUUGUUUGCAGGCAGAUGUACAACACCUGCGAGGGCCUGCAGGUGCUGCGAGCGUACGGCCUGCACAAGGCCGUCGCUGCCGCCUGGAGAAAGACCAGUUCCUUGUCUGAAACGAUUCCGACCCCGGUGCCUGGAAACAACCCUGCAACGUCCACACAGGAAUUGCAAGACGUGCAAAUGUGGGAGGAAACAUUGCUGGACAGCCUGCUGAACUUUGCAUCGACCCCCAAGGGCGUGCUGAUGCUUCAGCAGACCGGAGCCAUGCAGGAGUGCGUCUCACACAUGUUCUCUCGCUUUAGCAAAAAAAUGCAGGUGAGCCGCUUUGAAAAGUUUGGCUAUGGCGUCAUGGUAACCCAGUUAGCGGCCACGACGGCAGGCGCGACGGCUUUGCAGCGUUCGGGCUUUGUGCGGGCCCUGGUUCUGGAGCUGUGGUCAGCGCUGGAAUGCCGCAGCGAGGAUGCCAGGGCGGUUCGACCCAAACCCACGCCCAUGGAUCCCAUAGACAGGAGCUGCCUCAAGUCCUUCCUGUCCCUGGUCAACUUGCUCUCAUCCUCGCAGUCCACAUGGCAGCUGCUGGCUGGACAACAUUUGGCCAACAAGAGUGAAUACACACCGAGGGAAGUGCCAAGCUCAGUGCCUGACUUGAUUGACAGGCUGAUUGCUGUGAAUUCCGCCGCCAAGAUCCGCGCCCUCUUCCACUACGAGCAGUCGCACACAUUCGGCCUGAGAUUGCUCAGCGUGCUGUGCUCCAGUCUGGACAGCUUCCUGCUGCUGGAGAGCCAAUACAGCAUCUGCUCCAUGCUGCUGCAAAGCCAGAGGGACAACGUGGCCAACCAGGACACCGCCGACGGGAGCUUCAUCAUAGACAACGUGUCGGUGGAGAGGAACCACGUGCUGGUUCGUGUUGCCGUCGUCGGAGGCCCGUCUGAGAGAAGACUCCCCCCACGAGCCUUGCAGCAGGGAGAUGAUCCUUAUCCGUGGCCCAUGUUUUCAUCCUUCCCUCCCCCCACCUGCUACACUUCGGACCCACCAAGACCCCAACAGAACCCGCUGGGUGAGAUUCUCUCCGUGUUGUUUGUGCUGGUACAUGAACUAGGGAGUGUCACCUCCCCUCGUCGGACAGAACCUGAGCUGAUUGACUUCUUCACCUCACCUCAAACUGCAAAGACGGAAGACAGCUGGAUGGAAACGUGCCGCCGGCUUUACCGCAAAGUUGUGACAGCCGGGCACCACGGCUUGAGCGCCACAGUGUUGGCUGACCUCCUGGAGAAGGUUGUUUUCCAUCUGUCCAAACAUUCCACGGCGUGCUGCUUCUCUCCGCCUGGGUACAACAAAGCACUGGAGACGAGCCUGGACUGUGUGGCAUUGUCGCCUGUGGAAAUUCUUGGCAUGGACGUCUGUCUCAGAUACGGCAUCUCCCUCAAACUCGUUCAACAAGAAGAUUCGGCAAGCCACCUGACGCUCCUCAUGAAGCACGUCAAGAAUUUCCUGGCCCGGCGGAGGAUUCCAGUGUCCUCGCCACUCCUCAUCAGUCAGGACGAAUAUCCUGGCUACGAUUGGUUGACCUCGACGGUGUUCCUGAUGAUGUCGGGAGACUGGCAGCGAUCUCUGAGGGUGCUGCGCAAUCUGUCCUCUCUGCUCACUUCUGCCCUCCUUUGGCCGGCCAGCAUAUAUGCCUCUGUGGACCUUCCGGCGCGAGUGGCCGAGUCGGGAAUGUCUCCGCUGUACUGGAGCUCGGCCCACUACGUGGAGAUGCUGCUGAAGGACGAACUUCAACUGGUGCACGCCGCCUUCCGGAUGUCCGGGUUCACUCCAUCGCAGAUGUGCGUGCACUGGCUGACUCAGUGCUUCUGGAACUUUCUGGACUGGCCUGAGAUCUGCCACUACGUGUGCCUUUGCGCACUGAUGGGAGCCGACUACCAGGUGUACGCCUGCCUGGCCGUCCUCAAGCAUCUGCAGCCACAACUGCUGCAGCAAACACAAGCCCGCCAGAUGCAGGUGUUCCUCAAGGAGGAACCCAUCCAGGGAUUCAGGUUUUGCGACUACCUGGACUUCAUGGAGCUCCUGGAAAGACGCUACCGGAACCUCGUGCUCAGCGACAUGAAAAACAUCCACAACCCAGACCAGUAAACACGGAGAGGGGAACGCUCACCGAGUCGGCAGCAUACGAGAGAACCGUCCGCCCUCUUUGUGGAGGAAAAGCCCCCGAAAAUGUUUUCUUAUUCAAGUCCACGGAUGAAGGCAGGUCGCUUCCUGGUGUCCUGCAGCUCUCGUUUCAGUCCAGUGAAGGGCGGAAAUGAAACGACGCUCUCGAGGCGGGCAGAUGUCGCGGCACGUGAGAGCGCUUGAGGCUGAUAAGAUGUCGUAGUGGGUGGCGGCCAUAUCUGGCGUGUCGCUCGUUCCGCUCGACGAAAAGGUCAUCGGCAAACCGAGCGGCGUUAUCUGAACUGCAACUCCACUUCAAAUCCGGAACAACUUGAAGCGAGGCGACGAGGAGCUCGGUCCACACGUCCAAACAUGAGAUUUGCCUGCAAAAAAGGGCAUUGUUUGUGCACAAAAAGUUAUCUUUUGCCUCAAAAGUGCGAAAUAUUAUUACAGCAAAACUGCAAUAUUGCCAUCGAAACAAUAUGUUUACUCAAAAUCUACAUUUGGCAAUGAAAAUGUGAUUUGCCUCAUAAAUUUUGUUCACCAAAUUUCUAUGAUUGACCACAAAACUAUCCGGAAAAUGUAUGGCUGAAUGUUUGAAAUGUACUGUAAUUUCUCGUGUAUAACGCACACCACCAAAGUUGACCUCAAAAUUGUGGAAAAUCCUUCUACCUAUGUAUAAUGCAUUUUUACAAUGCAUGAUUUUGCUUCUACCCAUAUGAUCGAAACAUGAAGUAUUAUCUGUAUUUUGUUAGUUUUUUCAAAUAAUUAUUCUGAAGUUAAAUAUCUAAUUUGAACACACAAUACUUUCUUUUUUUUUUUACUUGCUCUUAUUUUGAAAUUCACAGACCUACUUUUAUUUAGUAAAUGGGAAAACACAAAGUUGUGCUCAUAUGUUUGCUUACCCAAGCAGGAUUUGUAAGAUGUGUACAAUUCUUUGAAGAAAACAUGAAGGACCAGGUGAAACACAUUUAAUUUUAUUUUAAUGGGAUUCAAAUUAAACUGUCAAGCAUUUCAGAAAAGCAUGAUCAUGAAACAAAACAUAACUAUAAAGAAAUUAAUGAUGGUUGUUGUUCAGUCAUCAGUCGUAUUAAAAAAAACAAUAUUUCGCAAAUUCUCCCUGGGUAUGUACACUUAUGAGCACAAUUGUACAUAUAUGCAGUCAUAUGUACCCUGUCAUAUUGAAAUGACCUUUUUCAUAACCUCGAGGUGGCAUACAAGAAUGAAAGUGUACAACUUUUUCAUAACCUGUAGGGGGCGGUGGCAUAGUGGAAUGAAAGUGUACAGCUUUUUCAUAACCUCUAGAUGGCGGCAUAAAUUGAUAAAAUAUGAAAGGCUUUCAUUUUCUCCUAUACCUAUGUAUAAUGCGCACUAUUGACUUUUGACAAUUUUUGGGGGUAAAAAAUGGGCAUUAUAUACGAGAAAUUACGAUACAUACGUAGUUUGCCUUAAAAGACUUUUUGCUGGGAAAAUUUUUGACUUUUGCCUAAAUAGAAUCGUUAAGUUUCCCAUGUAAAGGUCACAUGUUGCCACAAUUCACAAUUGGUUUUCUGUCUGCCCGCAGUCUGGCCCGCCUAAUUGGUGGGUCCCAUAGCCGCACCUGCCCGCCAUCGGCCGGCUUCACCUGUCUGCUGUCAGCCGUGGCCGCGAUUCAUUUUCUGCUCCGGUGGAAGCAAGGUGCCCCCGCCCGCCGAUAGAUGGAAGAAGAAGGAGAAGGAAGAUGGGACGAAAGCGGCGGGAGGAAAAAUGAGAGAAUGUCAGCUCGCCGUGGAAUGUCAGCACUCUGGAGAGCGCGCACGUACGCACACGACCACGUUAUUGCGUCACGUAUUUAACACCCCUGUCGUCGUCAUCGUCGUCAUCCCGAUACCCGUCAGGGCCCCGGGCGGCGUCCCGUGAAAGCUGUCGAAAACGGGUCGUCCCCCUCUGAAGAGAGUUCCAUCAUCUCAGAAGAAAGACGCGUCUUGAUCUUCAGUGCAGGGGAAAUGUCGGAGUCCCCCCAGGCCGGAUGCGUCGCCCCCGGUGAUGGAG